CUUUAACGCUUUAUUAUUGCAUGUUGAUAUACCAUUAGCCCGACCCCUCCCUAUUCAUGAUAAGCUUGCCCAGUUUAGAAACAUCCCUAGCUUUCUAUUGGUUGAGCCAUGGCGUGUUUGAAUACAAAUAAAUGCGAUUGGCUCACAAUGUGUGAGACGAAUAACGAUAACCAAUCAGCUGGAUUUGCGCUUACAAUUACUUGUUAAUUUAAACGUGCUUUGUUUGUUUUAACAAUUCGAUACAUUUUUUACGCGAUAGCUCCAGUCUGCAGAUCAACAUCAGCCUAAUACAAACGAUACACAAAAGUCCAUUUGACUUUGUAUAGGCUUGAAUAUUUUAGGCCUACUAAUAAUAUACAAAUAAUAGGCUAAUCCCCUUCACUCGCUUCUUUAUAGAUUUAAUUAUAAAAUACUUUAAUUAAACAGUGCUUUUCCGGUUCAUAACUAUUAACAUUUAAUAACAAAACUGAUUAAAACAAUAAAAACAAAAAAAAUCACACGUUUAACGUUACUAAACACUAUUUGAAGGGAUUUAUGGAGAAUAAACUGAACCCCUCCUGUCCUCGCACCACCCCUGCAUCUUCCCCGUUGGUCCAGGCUGGAUCAUUGCGCUGCAGCAUCAGCGGAUGAUCUCGAGUCAAGGCCGGGCCGAUGCGCCCCUCCACCAGCCGCAUGUUCGCGCACACCGGUAUCACAAAGCCGUUAAGGAACGCACCGGGAGAAUGCACGGGAUAUCAACUUCAUUUUUGGCAUAGCCACCGAUCAAAAACGGAUUACCUUACCAAAGCUUUCGUUUGAAACUGGCUGAAAUCACUGCAAGCUAGCAGCAACAUCACUUGGCAACACAGGGAGACGUGCUCUUCAGCUGACCACCACGUACAUUUCUGUGUUUGCUGGAUGACACAUCCCAAAGCUUACGGAUGUUGAUAUUUGAUUUGAAGUAGGGGAAUACAUGAACGCAUUUGCCGCUUUAUGGGAAAACUGGUUAUAAUGGUCAACCCCGUGGAGCUCAUGUUUUGCAGUCAGCACAAUCAAGGUGACGGCAGCUAGCCCGUUAGCUCACGAGCUAUUUGGGUAAUGUAAUAGGAAAAUAGACGCUUUGAAUGAUAUUUUGAAAUAUCUUCAGUGGAAAGACGAAAACAGAAAGAACACGUGGAGUGUGUGAUUUUUUUUUUUCGUUUGCACGGUGCCCUUCCUUAUUAAGCAGCAGCGCUCCGUUAUAGAUUAUGUAUCUGGUAUAAAUCUGAUAUAUAUAUAUGAGAAUUAGGUAAUAAUUAUUAUCAAACUCCCAUGUAUUUUUAUUGUUCAUCCAAAAAUCCUAGUGUUAACUCAACAAAACACGUGUAGGAUGAAAUAUCGAUGCUGGCAUUGCACUGUAGGCUACAUUUUGAUAGAGACUUUUGUGCUUGUAUCUGCCAAGCCAUAUUGUUGUAUCACCACCGAUAUUUAUUUUAAACACUAGCUUUAACACAGGUGACUCGGUCAGGUUGAAAACUUCUCGUAUCAGAUAUCUGCACACACAGAGCGCUGGUAGCUUAAGAGCAGUGUGUAUGCAAACGCUUUGGACGGACUGAUGAUUCACUCUCUACGGGAAUAUGAGGAAGUUACCCUGAAUCGAUGCACAGGGGCUACCGCGAGCAAAUCCCACAAGUUCAUUCAAAACCUGACGAUUCCCGAUGGUGAAAUCACCCAGCGGAUGUUUGAUGAGCAGCAAACGAAAGCCGACGACCGUCGGGUCGCCCCUGAAGUCGAGCUGACAGAAGCUGGUGGGGUUUGUUUGAAAGGCUAAGCAGGGUGUGACCGCACUUCGUUUAAAUGUUACAUGCAACUCUGUAUAUAUUAGCGAAGCUCACUAUGAACGCAGGCUGCAGUUUCUUCGUCAACCCGUGUGGAUGACACCGCAAGCAGCGGGAUACGAACACACCGUCGCCGAGGCUAAAUUAGAUUUUUAAUUCAACGAGAAUAGGUUAGUUGGUCAUGUAGCCGGCUGCACAUGGCCGACUGAUGUCUACGGUGUCGAAUCUUUUUUUAGUCGGUGUUGUACGUGCACGUGUAGAUGUAUAGUGUAGUUAUUUUGGCGUCGUCGUCGUGACUGUUUCAGGUUGCUAUGGCAUUUUUAAACGGACCCCGACUGCUGGACUGGGCGAACUCUCCUCCACAUUUACAAUUCAACAAAUACGUCCUGACUGGCUAUAGACCCAUCUCCUCUGUCCAGGAGUGUGUUAGAAGUCUCUUCUAUCUUCACAAUGAGCUGGGCAACAUCUACACACAUGGAAUCCCACUGCUCUGCUUCCUGGUGCUGCUCCCACUUAACAUCCCCUGGUCUCAGAUCAGUGUGACGUGGCUCGGCGUGGUGCACUUCCUGGCCUGUUUGUCCCCACAGCUGGGAUCAGUGGUCUACCAUCUCUUCAUGAACCAUGAGGGCGGCGAGCCCGUCUACAAAACUCUGCUCACGCUCGAUAUGUGUGGAAUCUGCAUGAUCAACACACUAGGAGCUCUGCCUAUCGUGUACAUCACUCUCCUUUGCUAUCCCUUCACCCGCACAGCUGCUCUGCUGGUCUACAUCCUGCUAUCCAGUUACGCCAUCUACUGUGCCAUCACAGCACGCAGCAGAGUGCGACGGCUGCGUUCCUUCGCCUGGCAAGCACUUUUCCGCUUCUCGUUUUUCCUACUGCGAUGGGCGGGUGUCGGCGGAGGGAGUCCCACCUCGUUGCGUCACUUUGUAACCAUGGAUGCACUGGCGGUGUUGGGCGGGGUCAUCAAUAUCACUCGAAUUCCCGAGCGUUUCCGCCCGGGCCUCUUUGACUACUGGUGCAACAGCCAUCAGAUCAUGCAUGUGCUGGUGGUGGUCUCCAUAAUGUACCUACACUUUGGGGUGCUGGACGAUCUACUGUGGAUCAACAGCCAUGACUGUCCCUCAUACUGAAGUCUGGAUUUGUGGGUAACGGGGCGCGAGGACCUCUUUUAGUAAUGUUUGGAAUGCGACGUAAUCGGGCUCAGAAUAGUCGGGUGGGGGGUGUCUGUUGUGCUUUGUAUAUAAAUGUGUGCACGAAAGUCCAUAAGAAGUUUUUUACAUGUUUUUAGGGGACACCAGUGCCAGCCUCGACACACGUGCUUGUUUGUGCCAUUAGUAGCCAGAAUGUACAUAUCUGUGUUCGCAUAAACAUCGUCUGUGCAUGGCACUGUUGAGAUCCGCUAGGUCAAGCAGAGGCUGAUUUUUCUAUUUAUUUAUUGACUUUUAGACAUACGUACACUCACAUCUACAUGCAUACACGCACACACAUAGAGUAUGACAUUAUUUGAUGUCAUAUAUUCACCAGCGUUAAAAGCAUUUAUUAUAUAGCCUCUAAGCUUUAAUUGAGCCCACAAUGAUUGGCUCUCGAAAAGCAAGAUUUAGACCAUCAGAUUCAAGAUUACAGUUUUUAAUUUUGCUGGUGACAUGAACAAGAAGUCACCGGUGCAGAAAUAGUGUAUGCACUGAAUUAGACCAACAGUUUGCUACUCUAUUGCAGACUAUGCAGCAUACAAUUGUUACAUCCAUGCUCAUAUACUACUAAUGCUACACACACACACACACACAUAAAAUGUACUGUAUGACCAGUCUCACAGCAACAUUUACUGGAAAUACUUGAGUUAAUUUAUUUGUUUUAUUUCUCGUCUGCAGGUUUGGGUCCAUAUUUAUUGCAUGAAAGGCAAAGGGGUCAUUCCUUGGUUUGUAGCCGUGCCAUUCGUGUUUUCUGGCAUUACUCUGUGUAUGUUUACCAUCUAUAAAGGGGCAUUUAUUUAUUGUGUUUUACAGAUGCUUAACUUUACAAGUUUCAUGCAAAAAACCUGAAAAAAUCUGUUUUAUUUUAUACACGUAGUUUUAAUAUCCUCAAUAUCUUCAAUUUGGAAGAUUCGAUUUUUGUACCGCUCUAAAUUAGGUUUUAUUUCUCUUUUAACCCUUUAACCUCAAUUAUCUGCGUAACUUUGGAUUCAACACAAGGCAAAUUAUUUUUUAAUGGCGUUUUGUUUGCUCAAAGGCUUUGUCGGUCAUCUUCCACCUCUGCAGACCUGAUGUUGUUUUUCAUCAGAUGUGACAGAGGAAUAUUACACAAUGAAGACAAAUGUCAUGUCAUCAUAAUGCUAGUACUGCUCACUAAAGCCAAACUGAUGUCGUAAAUAUUUAUUGAAGUGACUCCACAAAUGGUUUUAUCUUAGCUUAUGUUAAUAGUUAGUAAUUAAAUAAACUGAAUGCAGAAUGGCCCCAAGUCUUAAGUUUAGUUGCAUAAAGACUUCAGGUUUGACUAAGCUAAACUAAACCUGAACAAGAGUCAAAGGCCCUGUCCCAAAUGGCGCACUUCAUGUGGACUUUCGGUUUCCUUGCCUUAAAUUGCGCCUGCUCGGUUAGUCUACGAGUCCGUAGGGUGUCCCAUCUGUCAUUUUUACGCCCUGAAGUGUGCUCAUCAGCGCCCCCUUUGCACCCUUGAUGCGGGCUUCACGCACUUUACCAACCAUGAAGUCCUUGCAAAAGAGAAAUCAGACGACGGAAGGGAGGAACUUCUCUUCCUAUUUCCGGCGUGAUGCUUGAGUCCGUCCCUAAAUACGACUACGGUGCGCCCUCGUAGACUCGCGUCAAGGGUCCCUAAGGUCCGCACUACAUGAUGUCAUCCAAGUCUGGAGUGUGCCAUUUGGGACAGGGCCUUCUACUUAUUCAUACCUACUGAGAAUGUGAUGUAGUGAAAGUAAAUCAGUUCUUAUCAGCAGAUUGCACUAUGAUGAUGUUGAUUCAAUGGACUGUAUUAUGAAACUGCACUUUUUGCACAAAUAGUUUUUUUUACCAUAAAAUGCGUUCGCAGGACAAACCAAGGAUGACUCCUCUGACCUUUCUUAAUGAAGUAACAAACAAAGUGUGGUAGAGUCACUGAUGCUAUCACAGUGUAGCUUUUAAACACCAUUGAGGCCCACUAUUCAUUUCCUAAUUGUAUCAUGUUUGGCAUUAUAUAGUUAUUUUAUAUUUAUUAUUUAUGUUGAUCUGUUUGAAAAUGUUACUAGAUAUUAUAUUUAAAUUAUUUUUUUUAUUAGUUCACAUAUCUUCACAUUACUCAACCACAGCACUCUGAUAGUCAACCUUUAGCAAAGGUAUUUGUGUAGAAUCAGUGCAUGUUAGUGUUGCUCAGAACAAACACCAACUUAUGUAUACUCUAUGCCAAAUUAACUGUUUUGGGACCUCAGGUGUCACACAUAAUGGUCCUCUUAUGUCAGUGGCUUUAAAUACAGACUGCUGUCACAUAUGUUUUUGGUAUUGACUUUUAACACAGUCCCUCAGAACAAGGCACAGCAACCCCAACCCCUUUUAUGUUAUCGGAUUAAAUAACAAACAUUAGACUUUAAAUGAAGUGGUGCAUGAUAAAACAAAGAUAAAUUGAUCACCGUUAAAUGCAACAUAUACGAUUUGCAUAUUAAUGAUGCUUGCGCAAUGCAACCACUGACAUAUGUGGUUAACUGACAUUAAAUAUAUUUGUCUAAUAAUGAACGGGAAUGAAGUAAGACAGCAGCCUAGAGGCAAUACAACCAUAUCAAAUAAUGAACUGCACUGUACCAAAAGGGCUUUGGAUCAAAGUAAGAACCAGUUUAAAAGUAAAAGUCUAUAUAGGUAAUGCAGCAUAUACAGACGUUUUUAUAUACACACACUAAUAUAUAAAGCAACAAUGUUAUACGAAAAUAUAUGUUAAUGGGUUCUCACUUAAUUUGAAUUGUCCAGUUUUAUUUCAAAGAGACAGUAGAGAUUGAUCCUUUAACUAUUCUGUAUUUGCAAAAUGACCAUGUCACGUUAUGUAGAUACCAUCAUAGUAACAUGAUGUCUGUAAUGUACGUCAUUACCACCGUUUUUUAUUUUUUACAACUGACCGUUUAAAAGAGAUUAUAGUAUAGUUUGGUUGGCAUAAUCUCUUUUUUAACAUAAAAGUUUGGAGAGUUUGCAAUACAAAUGUUUUGGUUUGAGAUAAGGGGUCUUGAUAUGUUAAUACCUCUGAAACCAACUGGAUAACUAUGCAUAAUCCAAAUGUGUACAUAUAUAUACAGUACAUACACACCAACAUGUGAAUUCCAAAAAAAGAGAUGUUUUACCAGUUUUGAAAGGAAACAAUCUGCGUAUUCACACGAACACGUUUUGCUCAGAGUGACAUCUUUAUCAUGCCAUCCUGGGGUCUCUUCUUCUCAGGGUGCCCUGUCAGUGCUCACUUCUAUUAAGUGACCUCAACAACUGAUUUUGGGCCUGAUUUCUUUUUUAUUUAAUUAUGUGGUUUUUGCUCGUUCUGGUUUAAAAGACUGAAACAAUGAUGGUUUGACAGUUAUAUGUCUGUAAGGGCAAAGGUCACGAUGGCAACUCAAGUCAUCAGGCAUUUGGACCAUGCAUCCCAUUUGAUGCACAUUGCCUUUGUUGGGCCUUGAAUGUGUCCUUAAAUGCUGAUCAAGAAUGUGUUUCUUUUCGUAGUUGUUUAGUGAAGAACUGUGAGAAUGUGCAGUGCAUGUUAUACUUGAGAGGAAAUGGAUUGCAUCACAUACCGUGUUUUAGAUGAGGAACAAGGAUGUAACUUCUCAUGGAUGAUGUUCUCCUGUCUGUAUAUUCUAAUGUCCUGUGGUAAACAAAAUAAUGACAUGAUGUAUGAAACUAUAAUGACAUUUUUUUCUUAGUAUGCAGGUGCUGGAUAGCCUGUUCAUGAUCAUUUAAAACGACUCAUUGUUAGUUACAUUUGGCAUUAUUAUUAUAAUGAUGGAUAUAUUGUUAUUAUUACUAUUAUUAUUAUGAAAUGGGGCCGCUAUUAAUGAUAAUCUUAAUUUACGUACAAAGGCUGAGAAUACUAAUGCACAUAGGAUGACAGAAGGUAUCUGAAAGAUCUGUCCACUUUCUUUUGUUUUACAAUGCUUUCCGUUAAAUGUAAUUGCUUAGCGCCAUCUAGUGGUCAAGGUGCUGUAAUGGCGCUUGUAUGUUCAGUUUCUACACAGAAUAAAUUCAGUCACUUAGGUCACUUUCAAAACUCCACUAGCCAUUACUCUUUAUUUAUUGUUCGUUUUAUCACUUCUUAUUUACUACAAAAAUGUCUGUUAAUGGUUUUAUCUACAAGCUUGUAUGUCUGAUAUGGUUUAUUUUAUAGGCCUAAGUGUCUCUGUCUAUAUGUUUGUUCACAAUUACAUUUGUUCACAAUGACAGAUCUUCCAAACCCCACGGUCUCCUGCAGCUAAUGUGCAAUAAAUUGAGGUUUAUAUUUUUAAA